GAGCAGCGCCACGCGGCCGCGGCGAGGAUACAGGCCACGCACAGGGGCAGGGUGAUGCACCGCCGCUUCCAAGAGGAGAUGGCCAGGCUGGUGCCCAGGGAGCACGCGGAGGACGGCUGCAUCUACUGGCACGUGACCCUGGUCAAGAGCCACCCGAGGGAGAGGUACGGGUUCUCCCACACCACCGACGCCUCCGAGUUCUCCCGCGCCCGCGGCGCCCUGGCAACGCCGGGCGUGCCGGCCUUCCUGAUGGUGAAGACGGUUGCGCACGGGGGGCUGCUGUCCUCGUGGAACGAGGACCACCCGGAGGCGGAGGUGAUCUCCGCCGACCGCAUCGUGGAGGUCAACGGCAUCGCCGGCGACCCCAUCGAGAUGCAGGCGCAGCUGAUGACCGGGAGCGUCCGCAUGCGCGUGUGCCGGUACCCCGCCCGGUUCUCGGUGAGGCUGGCCAGGGGCGAGGGGCAGAGGUUCGGCGUCAAGUUCAGGGGGGAGGCCGAGGAGACGGGCAGUAACGCGGCGUGCUUGCAGAUCCAGGACCUGCACCCCAAGGGCCUGCUCGAGAUGCACAACCUGGCGCAGAUCUCGCGGGGGCAGUUCCACUGCGUGGUCACGAAGGGCAUGUCCAUCGAGGCUGUGAACGACGUCCGUGGCAACGCAGAGACGCUCAUCGAGUGCCUGCGAACGUGCACGGAUGCCCAGCUGAUCAUCCAGCGCGGAGAGGCCAUGGAGCAGUGCUUCUUGGAGCGCUUCCGGCUGGAGCCCAGGCUGUUCGGCGGCGUGCUCAGAGUGGAGCCCGAGAGCUACUCCUACCGCUCGGAGAGGUCCUCGUCGUCGUCCACGCCCGGGAUCAUGACAACCUACAUGACCCACGAGGUGACCGUCCGUGUCGCUGACCCCACGGACCCGGAGCUCGCCAAGAUAGGCUUGCCAGAGAUGGAGCCGUUCACCACCGGGCCCAUCGUCCAUGCGGGCAUCCCGGAGUCGAACUGGGCGUGGCACACCGUCGGGCUCACGCAAGCGGACCUCUGGCACGACGGGCUCACGCACCUUCUGACGAGGCACGGGAUCAAGGCGGACGACUACCACUCCGACGCUUUGAACGAUCUGUGGGAGGAGGUCCACCGCGGGAAGUACGCGACGCUGUCGGUGCGCGAAGACUUCGAGUUGGAGCGCCGCAUCAACAUCGUGAAGGUGUGGCUGUGCGCGGAGAUAUUCAGCGUGGACCACGUGCUCGUGCGCAAGUUCGAGGUCGAGAGGGGCGAGAAAAACUUCGAGGUGCAGGACAGGCCCCUCACGGGGAGAAUGACCGUCGACCAGUCGUGGGAGAGCUGCGUCGUGGAGACGGUGGAGACCAAGAUGGGCCUCGAGGGAGCCUUCCAGAACAUGGCUUUCUCCGUAGACGAACGGAGCUACCGCUUGAGCGAGGAAAUCGGUUACUCCUCGAAAUUCCCCGGGCUGCGGACCCUCUACUGCAUUCACGAGGUCAGGUGUCGGAUCCACGACCCAGACAGCGACGGCAUGGAGGGGCUAGGCCUGCCCGACGGGCACGACUUCACCCUUGUACGCAUCAAGCACCAGAAGAAGGAUAACUCAGGCAGCGUUAGAACCAUGACCAGAUGGUGCUGGAAGCCGAUGGCAGAGCUGAUGUACUCCAGCCAGAGUUUCCAGCACGGGCUCGUGGACCAGCCCAGCUGUGUGAACGAGAAGCAGGAGCAGAAGCGGCGGCUGCCGGCGCCGUCGCCGCCCAGGCUGCCCGAGGAGGCCUCCGCGGACGGGGAGAGCCCCGCCAGCAAGACCGGGUGCUGGGUGCUGGCCGAGGUGAUGCGGGGCAAGAGGCCCAACUCAGAUCGUGCCUUGAACGCCGCCAAGAAGAUCCGCGACGCAAACUAUACGUGCCGCCAUUUCUUCGACGACUGCAUGAAGGCGUUCCCAGAGCUCGCCCUGUACAUGGUUGGAGCCGAGGACGGAACAGAGGCGCUGACAUCGAGCGGUCGCACACCCGACGACGAGUACCAGAGAACCAUGGGAGCUUUGUUCGCGGUUUAUUGGCUCAUGAGGAGGACCAUCGACGGAGCGCAGUCCUUUUGCUUCGGGGUGGACAACGAUUGGAACCCGCUGUCCGAGAAGAGCCCGUUCCCAAGCAGAAGUCCAGAGGAGCUCGAGAAGAGGAGGACCUUCUUGGAGCAGAUGAAGUGGGAGGAAUUGGAGCAGCUGUUCAUGGACGCCGGGCUACUGAGGAAAGAUCCAGAAGGUCCUGGAGGUUGGUCUCACGACGUGGAGCGAACCCUGGCGAUGCUUGUCUUGACUGCCAUACAUGACAUCAUGAAAGUCAAGGCGCUGCUGCCAGUGGAUCAGGAGGGGGAGAAGAUCUCAGAUCACGACGCGGCCCUCGCGUUCGUGCUGGAGCAUUAUCCUUCCGUGCUGCCUUCCUUCGAGAUGUUGCCCCGGGCGUCCAAGCAGAGCGUGAAGUUCACGCAGUGCAAGAUGGAGUACAACAUGGGGUGGCUGGUGCAGGCAGAGGCGCCGCCUGGCGCCCUCUUCCAGAAGUUCAAGGACAUGAUCAUGUCGGGGCAGGUCAGCGGGUGCGACGUGGCCUUCUACUUCGUGCACUGGCUCACCGACCUGGCGGGCGCGGAGCCGUGCCCCCAGGAGGGGUGCGAGAAGUUUGUCCUCAAGUUCCCCCAGAAGGUCUCGCAGCACUCGACAACGCUUGCGGAGACCUGCUCCGACGGCGGGCGCUCGGUGUGGUCGGAGGUUGAUAGCGUGGACGGCGCCGGCAGAGCCACGGGCGACUGCGAGACAGAGGCGGCAGAUGGCCUCGAGCAGGUUGCCCCGGCAGAGGUCUGCCCCAGCGGCAUGGCCUUGGACGACCAGCCGAGGCGGUUGCUGGCCGUGGACCUCGGCUUCGAGGAGGUGGACGUGCUGGGCGACGAGCCUGGGGAGUCUCCGGUGUCCACGCCGCGAUGCCCCGCCGCGGCGGCCUUCGAGGAUAUACUGCAGGAGAAGAGAAGCCCGGCGCCAGACGCCGCCAGCGAAGGCAACGACCGCGAGGGCGACGAGAACGCGAGGGCGGCCCGCGCGCGGGCGGACCUCAUGCUGGCGUACAGGCCGGCCCAGGCUGUGUCCUCUGGCGGGCAUCGUGGCGCGCGCAGGGCGGACAAGGGCGCUGACGGCAGUGGCCGCAAGGUCCAGUUGACGCCGCUGGAGGCGAAGCCGCAGGACGCCAAGCGCCGGGUCAAGAAGCUCGCCGCCGAGCUCGGGUGCGGCGACGCCGAGAACGCGGCGCGCAUCGCCGGGGCCCUUGCGCGCCACGAUCCCCUACCU